AAGAUUUUCAAGAUGGCGUCGCAAUCUCAAGGAAUUCAACAACUGUUACAGGCCGAGAAAAAGGCUGAGACCAUGGUGUCUGAAGCUCGAAAACGUAAGACUAGAAAGUUGAAAGAGGCUAAAGAAGAAGCACAGGCUGAAAUCAGGACUUACCGCGGAGAACGUGAAAAACAGUUUCUGAAUUAUCAACAAGAGCACAUGGGGUCCAAAGAUGAUUUUCAAGCUAAAAUCGAGGAACAGACAAAUGUGAGACUUGACCAAAUCAGUGAAAGUGUGAAGAAAAACAAGGAGGAGGUUAUUCAGAGGCUUUUAACUCUUGUAUAUGACAUCAAACCUGAACUGCACCAGAAUCUGAGGACAUAAGCUCUGAUGAUAAAAUUUGGCAAGAACUUUGCAAAGAAUAAUGAUUAAUAUUGUAUUAUGUUCCAAGAUGUGGGAAUAUGUAAUUGAGUGAAUGAGUGUUUGUCUUUUCAUGUGGACAAUGUAUUAGCUAUGAAACUGUAUGAUUUAUCCUGCAAGUUACAGAAGAAUGGGUUUUCAGUUUGGCAAAAUGUUGCUUCAUUUGAAAAUUUUGUGGAUAAAAAUACUGGCAAGAAAUAUGCCAUAAUGAUAUAAUGAAGGUAUUUGAUUGUUGUUAGCUAUGAUUUGAACAUUGUGAGGUAUUUGCAAGUAGGAAAUUAAAAGGAAAAAUAAUAAUAUACACCUAAACAGAUCCUGAAGUUAGUACUUUCUCUGAAGAUUCAGCUCUAUUUCAUUUCCUCUUCUUAGAGAAUUUGAGAACUGAUAUCCCUGUCUUUCCGUAAAGGUUACCAUUAAAUAGGAGAGGCCUUAAUGUCAAUGUAAACUUAUACAUGUACCUCUUUAGUAAAUAUUGUUUCCAGGUAAGCCAUCACCUCCAGCUGAUCCUGUUGAUGCUAUUACAAUAAAACUACAUAUUAUGAUCAA